AUGGCUCAACCAUAUGUCCCUUAGGAAUUCAAUAAGGAGGAGGAAGAAUUGAAAUGCCAUCCAUCCCAAAGUGGUUCAACUGCAACUCCUACACUGUUUGAGAAUACUAAUGCUACAAAGGCAUUUAGUGCAGCAUUUUUUGAAGAUCAACUAUUAGAUAAAGAAGGUUAUUAUCAUUUUUAUGUCUUAAUAGAUGAUUUAUUCGAUGAAAUUAACUAAUAAUUAGAUUAAGUAUUGAUUAAUGACUCAUAAAGACCUUCUCUUGUAUCAGCAUUUUAAGCUGACAUGUCAUCAUACUUAAGUCACGAGAAGUUGACAAAAAAUUCUCGAAAAAUGCAAUUGGAAUAUUAAAAUGCUAACUUAAAAGAAAAAGAAUAUGUCUUUAACACAUUCGUAAAAGCUGAAAUAGAAAAUAUAAGUUUGGAUAAGUACUAACAUUUCCUUCUUGAAAAAAUACUUGAAGUUGGUCUUCUUUAACACAAAAACAUUAUACUUGAUAGAUUGUUUUAAUCCAUAAAUAAAUUAAUAAAAGACCUCUAUGCUUGUAAAGUAAUUCAAAAGGGAUUGGAAGUGAUGAUCCAAAAUCCUUAAGAUUAUCCUUAUUAAUUAGACAAUUAUCUCAAUUUCAUUCAUUCAGAUAACUCUUAGAUGAGAAGAUUGUAUGUAGACAAGAUUGCAAAUCAAAUUAUCUAAAAGAGUCUGGAGGUGUUAGAAGGGAAUCAUCUGUUAAAACUUCUUUAGGUGUUGUCAAAAUAUAUUCUAAAUAACAACCAUGAAAAAUUUGAAUUAUCAAUUGACUAAUAUGGAUGUUUAAUUGUUAAUAAGAUUAUCGAUAUCUAUCCUAAACAAUUCGACAUUUAAACUAAGACAUUAUGUAAUGAUAUCAUAAUCAGAGCAAUUCAUAAUAGUUCUGGACUUACACGAAGACAAUAUGCUAAUUAUAUUAUUUAAUCAAUUUUGGAGAAGGGCUAAGAGAUACAUAAGAGAUUGUUGAUGGAUUAGUACCUCAUUAAGGAUUUUAUGCCGAUGUCAAUGGAUAAAUAUGGUAGUAAUGUAGCAGAGAAGGUCAUAGUAUAUGGAGGCUCUUAAUGGAGGACACGAUUAUGGGAAGAAGUAUCCAUUUCAGAAAGCUCAUUUAAGAAAUUAGUGAAUGAUUAGUUUGCUAAUUAUCCUAUACAGAGAUUAUUUGAAUAUUUAGAUUAAACAUUAAGAUAGGAAUAUUUGGCUCUUUUAAAUCGAUUGAGUGACAACAAUUAGUUAAACAAUCAUGGUUAGAUUGUAUUAAAGUUUGCUUUGGCAAAUUAGAAUGUUAAAAAAUACACUUAAAAGAUAAUAUAAAAUGAUAAGAAUUAACAGAAUAAAAAUAAAUAGAAAAAAUAGAAUCCAUAAUCUUAGAGUUCUAGAUAAAACAUAAGUAAUAAUAAUAUUUAAAAAUAAUAAUUAUUUGAGAAUGGAUUAAAAUAGGCUUAAUAGUAAUAAAUGUAGCAAUAAUUUUAAGUGGCUAUGAUGUAAUAGAUGAUGUAUUAUUAAUAAUAGCAAUAGUUAUUAUUGUAAUAAAUGCCAUAAUUAUAUUAUUAAGAUUAGACUUAUCUGAAUUAUGGAACGAUGACUUAAGAAUAAUAAAUGUAGAUGUUUUAUUGGUAAUAAUAAUAAUAAUAAUAAUAAUAAUAAUAAAUUUUUAAUCCAAAUAUGAAAAAUGGAUAAUGA